GUUGGCCAGAUGGCCAACUGGAAAGUGCAGAGAAAGUUGCAGCCAAACGGCAAUUGGCAAUUGGCAAUUGGCAACAACGGAAACUGAAGCGGUAGCGGAAACGGAAACAGAGACGGAAGUACAGUCGCGACCAGCAUGCCACCCAAGAAGAAGCUCUCCAAAAAGGAGAAGGCACGCCUCGAGGCCGAACAGGCCGAGAUGCUUCGCAUCGAAAUGGAGAAGGAGAAACUAAAGAAGCUCGAGGAGGCGCGUCAGCGCAAGAAGCUGGAAAUGGAACAGGCCAAGCAUCGUCAGCAACAGGAGGUGACCGAGAAUCGCUUUCGUCGUGGCCAGCUCAAGGAUAGCAUGCGUUUCUUUGACGCCGUUCACACCACCAUCGAGGCCAUCAAGGCUGGAGAACGACACGAGCGCGAUUGGGAUAAGUUUAUGCGAUGCAAUGGGCUGCCAAAUGCGGCAAGUGCCAGCGAUUUGCGCAAAUACAUUCAUCAAUGGCAUGCGGACAUCGCCCGGCGCCAGAGCGAGGCACGCAAUUGGCUGCUGCGCACCGAUGAACGGACACUCCUCACCCAGGAUGCCCACGUCUCGGAUCUGACACGUGCGUCGCUGCGUCAGCAGCAGGGCAACCUGGGCGAUGUCUAUGCACAGCGCAUUAAGGAAGUUCUAGGUAUACUCAACGAGCUGGACGAGUCGCUGCUGUACACCAAAGAGCGUUCGGCACACAUUGCCAUUGAUUUGGCCAAGUUGAAGACUGAGAUGCGUGUGUUUCUCAAACAGCACCUCGACGAGUUCACCCACAAGACAAUGUCGCACAUUGAACGUGACAUGGAAAUCGAUAGGCCUGGCGUCUCGAAGCACAUAUACAGCUCCGAUGUGUUUCAGAGCUUCAUCUGGACCUUCUCCAAGGAUGCCCAAAUUGCUGUUAAUCCCAAGGCGCGCAUUGGCGAACAAUCGGCCCACAAUGAGAUCGAUUUUCCCACCAUCGAGAUGAACAUCUCACUGCCACCCACUGUGCGCCUGCAGAGCUCGGCACUGCGUGGUCUUUGGCUCAAUUACGACCACUUCAGCGACUAUUGCAGCAGCUUCCAGCUGCGCCAUGCACGCUCCGAAAAUGCCACGAUUCUGCGACAAACGAAGAGGGAGUGGCGCAAACGCAAAGAGAUACUCCAAUCAAUGCUGGACGAGUGCGCACGAGAGAUACCAUUGUCGGAGCUGGAGCAGCUCACCCAGGAGCAGCACUCGGCGAGCUCGCUGCCGCCCAAGGAGCGCAGCUACGAUGUGGACAAACUCUACGCUCAAUACGAGGAUGAGCUGAACAAGGCGCGGCGUCGAGCCAUCGGACCCGAGGCAUAUGGCAUGCUGGAGACGGAUGUGAAUCUGCGCAAAUAUCGCAUCAUUGGCGGCGUCUAUUGCAUUGAUUUCCUCGAGACGCCGCAGCAGGAUAAACAGCUCAACGCACGCUCCUUUAUACGCACCAUUGCGGCCGCAAACAGUCUGAUGCACAAGGAAUACUAUCAGACCUAUCAUCCUCCGCCUCCAGUGCUGCCCGGUGUGCGGCGUCUGCCCGAGGAAAUUGAGGCCGAGAUGCGCAUGAUUGAGGCGGCGCUGGACAAGCUGGCAUUGGUUACUCUCCAAUUGCCUGACUCUGUCAUUUGGUUUGAGCCACCCAUCGCCUGUCGCUGGGAGACGCAUACCGAGACGCUUGAAUCGCAGCUGGCGGAUGGCGUCAAACCAGCUUCAGUUGGAGCAGCAGCAACCGAUGCAGCAGCAGCAGCAAGUGGCGCUGUGGCAGAGACAACUGCCACGCCCACAGAGGCCACACCGCUCUCGACAAACGCACAGCCCAGUCCGCUGAAGAGCUCGCCACGCGGUCCGGCCAAGCUGCGCUCCCAAAAGUCCGAUUUGGCUGGCACACAAGGCGGCGCCCAGAAGCUAUACGAGAUUGGCGACUUUGAUCUGCGCGCGAUACCCAGCAAUGUGGAUCUCUAUGGGCUGGUGAAGGAUUUUGUGGUGCCGCGACUGCCGCAAGGCUUUUGUGUGCGCCUCGAGCAGACGACACCACAAUCGAGCAGCGGCCAGCCGCAGCGUCAAGUGAUGUUCCUCGCUCGCCAAGCGCACGUGCGACUGGGCAACGUGGCUCAGGUGACAGCAGCCGCAGCAGCAGCAGCUGCAAUGGCCACAUCACAAAGUGCGGCACAAAGUGAUUGCCAGCGUGGCAUUGGCGACGAAUUCCUGGACACCAAUGAACCCGCGGAACUCUUUCCGCCGCUCUGCUUUGACAAGCUGCUCAAGUUUCGCAGCCAAGCGCGUCCGCCGCCGAUAACGUCGAGCUCGUGCUACUUGUUCUCGCAGCUGAUCGAGGACAUGGAUCGUCUGUGGCAUUUGCAAUUGCCACGCGAACAGCAGGAGGAGUUGCUGCAGCAAAUCUCCGAGCAACUCUCGCCCAGCGGUUCGCAGCACGACGUCACCGAGGAGCUGCCCGAGGACAUGCGUCCGCUGAGCCAGGAGCUCCAAGAGGUGCUCCAGCCAGCGACAGCGGUUGCCGCCUUUGCCUACUACACUGGCAUCUCGUUUGUGCGUGACUCGCAGCUGCCUGGACAAUCGGAGCCGGAGUCGACAUCGAAGUCAGCUGGCAGCCAAGACAGCAGCGACGAUGACGAUGAUGAUGACGACGAUGACAGCAUUCUGGAGCUGCUCGAUGGUGGCGCCGGCAAUGAUUCUUCGGCGGGUGCCACACUGCAGCAGGGACUCAGUCACAACAGCAACAGCAACAACGAUAGUUGUGACAGUGAAGCGCGCAGGCAGAAGAUGAGCAGCACGGCAGCCAUCACGCAGGGCAAGUGGAGCACCCGCGAUGUCCAUGACACUAAAUUCAAUGAGGACAAGUUGUCAAUACAGUUCCGUACAGGAAGAUUGGGCAUCUUUGGCUUUGCACUGAACAAAUAUAGUAACAUGCCGUAUCAAACCUGGGAUCUGCGACCGGACAUGAAAAACCUCGGCACAAUACUCUUUAGCUUCACGGCGUCGCUAAUCAGCCUGGACAUGACCAUCACAGAGGCGGGCUACACGGUCAACAAUUUCCAGGGCGGCAGCACUCAAGGCAUUACCGAAAUGAUUGGCAAGACGCUUUCGCUGUCGGAGCUGAAGGCGACCCUCAUUCUCUCAGCUGUGGACAUUUUCCCAGACGAGGAUGCCUUCUGCUAUACGGAGGGAUCGUGCGAAAAGAACUAUGUGAUGGAGAUGCAUACGUAUGCCUGCAUUUCCACGCUUGCCCUCUCGCAUAAUUUCAGCUGGUCACGGUGGAACCUCUUGGCGGGUUCACGCACUGCUGUCCUGCUGAUUCGAGAGCUGCUCGAGGGCAAAAAAGUGCCAUACUAUUCCACUCUGCUCGUCACGCCGCUGAAGACCUCGAUCAUUGAUUGCACCGAGGUCUCGGCGAGCUUCAAUGCGGUGGGCAUUGCAGGCAUGGAAUACUAUGCCGAUCUCUAUCAGCUCUCGCAGGCACAUGCUCAGCCUGUGAGCUUGGAGAAGCAACGCACGAUGAGUCCCAUACUCAGGGAUAAUGUGGCCAGCAUUCUGAAGGGCAUCAGACCACUCAGUUUGUGUUAGUUGAAAAGUGUGCGAAUUGCAUUUUGAUGAGGACAUAAAUAAGUCAAUAUAAAGGUAGGAUUAGAGCGAUAUUGUCGGAUCGCAAAUGAACGAACUAAAAUGAUCUAUUCAGAAAAGUAAAAGAACUUA